UUCGUACACGGUAGACAACCGAAGAUUUCAUCCCUUUGGUGCUCCUGCACUAUUCCAUGUGACCUUCAUGAUGUCUAGUUGAUGACCUCUCUCUAUUUCAGCAAACAUACAGACUUCAUAGAAUCCACAAACCCCACAUUGCACCCUCCCCAGUAUCGUAUUUAGACUUUACUGCAGAGAGAGCGACUUCUAUCCCUUAAUUUGUAUUGCUCUUCAGAUGCAAUAGAAACCAAAGCGAAAAUGAACAAGCACCAAGAACAGCUCCUGCCAUCUUCCAUGCUACUCUUCCCUCCUCGUUCCAAACAUCUCAGCCUUCUCUUAGCUUUGCUUCUCUUUGGCUUUGGCUUUGCUGUCGGUAUCUUUUCGAGCUUCUACCUCCAGACGACUCCGUUUUCUCUUUCGAUGGCACAACUUCUCCUGCAACCUUCAGCUCCAUCUCAAUCAGCGGUGUCAGCAUCCUCGCCACCUCGAAGCGUUUCUGCUAAGCCACGCAUCGGGCUGAAGGAAUUCGUUGAGCCAGAUGUGAUCCUGCAUGACAUGACCGACGAGGAGUUGCUAUGGAGGGCAUCCAUGAUUCCAAAGAUCCAAAAGCGCCCAUUUAGUCGUCCACCGAAGGUGGCGUUCCUGUUUCUUACCAAGGGUCAUCUCCCCCUUGCUCCUCUGUGGGAGAAGUUCUUCGAGGGGAAUGAAGGGUUCUACUCCAUCUACGUGCACGCGAGUCCACUUAAUGGGUCAGCACCCAAGGGAUCGGUCUUCCAUGGGAGAAGAGUUCCCAGUAAGGCCGUACAAUGGGGAGGGAUGAACAUGAUGGAAGCUGAGCGUCGUCUCUUAGCCAAUGCACUGCUUGACGUCUCAAACCAGCGUUUCGUUCUUCUUUCUGAAGCCUGCAUUCCUCUCUUCAACUUCCCCACCAUUUACUCCUACCUAAUCAACUCCACCAAGAUCUACGUUCAGGCAUAUGAUUUACCAGGUCCUACCGGCCGCGGCAGGUACAUGAAGAAGAUGAAACCACUGCUGAAGCUGGAGCAAUGGCGCAAGGGAUCCCAGUGGUUCGAGGUGGACCGCAGCCUAGCCAUCGAGGUUAUCUCCGAUGGCGAGUACUUCCCACUCUUCCAGAGACACUGUACAUCCUCAUGCUUUGCUGAUGAACACUACUUGGCAACUCACGUGAGUGUGAGAUUUCCGGGGAGGACUGCAAACAGGAGCUUGACAUGGGUUGACUGGUCGAAGGGUGGGCCACACCCAGCUAGAUUUUUGAGAAGGGAUGUCACGGUCGAAUUAUUGGAGAGGAUGAGGAAUGGGAGUUCCUGCAGGUACAAUGGCCGGAGCACGAGGAUUUGCUUCUUAUUCGCCAGGAAGUUCUUGCCAAAUUCUUUGGUUCGGUUGAUGAGAUUUGCUCCAAAACUCAUGGAUUUCAAGCAGAGAUAUGAAGGAAGAAGAAGGGGUUGAUCCAUUAAAUGCCCAGAAGAAUGUUAUUGUGAAAGUAGGUGAUUCUUUCGGCACUGGAUAAUGUUAAAAAAAAGGAUAUUGAUUAAAUGAUGACACAAAGAUGCAUUACCGUUCAAUUUA